GCUCUAGGAAUUUGCGGUAAUCGUUCGCCUCUCCUAUUUGUUGACAUUGUUGUGAAGUUCCAAGCGGUCAGUGAAUGCGACCAGAAAUACACCCAUAACAUCAUGGAUUUCUCCCGGAAACAGUGAUGGCAUCUAGGGACAGCAGUAAUCCUGGUGUGAGUGGCGUAGUUUCAGCAACAUCUGGUGUCCAUCACCAGCAAACUUCUCAGUCAGGUAUGACUGCUGCAGGAGCAUCCGCAGGGGGAGCUGGUGUGGCCUCAGCUGCAGCUGGUGGAUCACAAGGGGCAGCAGGGGGUACUGGUGAACCCGUUGGUAGGGUGAGCAAUGUCCAGCGAAUCCAGCAGAAAAAAGCCCAUGUCCGUGCAUGGCCUCGGGAUAAGAAGCUUGAGAAAUUGGCAAUAUAUUCUUCUUGUCGGGCUGAUGAGAAUUGCAAAUGCAAUGGAUGGAAAAAUCCUACGCCACCUGCCCCAUCUUCCCGACCUGAUACUCCUCAGCCAGCUGCUCCCCCAUCUCAGCCUUGCCGCAGCUGCUCCCAUACUUUAGGUGAUCAUGUUAGCCAUCUUGACAAUGCUGCAGAUAGUGACCUUGACCGGCUGUUGUCUAUCGUUGUAGAUGUUGAGAAUCUUUUCAUAUGUGUCCAUCGUGAAGAAGAUCCUGACACCAAACAGGUGUACUCCUAUUUAUUCCGUCGCCUCCGAAAGUGUAUCCUGCAAGUGACUGUACCAACUCUAGAAGGACCUCUUGGUACCCCACCAUUUGAAAGACCAGCCAUCUUCAAGGGUGUAACAAAUUUUGUCCUUCACAAAUUCAAUCAUCUCCCACAAAAAGACUUCCAGAUGAUGAGUGACCUUGCAAAAAUGUUUUUACACUGUCUCAACCAUUGGCGAUUAGAAACUCCUUCUGCCAGGAGAGCCCACACAACUGAAGAGGAGAGCUCAGCAUAUAAAGUCAAUUAUACCCGGUGGUUAUGCUUUAGUUAUGUGCCCCAGCUCUGCGAUUCUCUUCCCCAUCACGAAACUACUUGGAUAUUUGGUCGGACAUUUAUGCGAGCCGUCUUCCACACUCUCCGGAAGCAGCUACUUGAUAAAUUCAGAGCAGAAAAGGAAAAGAUGCCUGCAGAGAGGUUGCUGUUGCUAAAUCAUUUCCCAAAAUUCCUGUCAAUGCUUGAAGAAGAAGUUUAUUCAAACAAUUCACCAAUUUGGGAUGCUGAUUAUAGGCCUCAGUUUCCUCCACACCUACAUAAUCAAGCAACUGAGAGAGGAGGCAGUACACCACGAGGAGAGUUUGAAAGAUUAUCUGUCCAGCCUGGUGAAGGGCAGUACACAACUGUCACACUUUCCUCAGCCAAGCGUUUUCGACCGGAUGACAGAGAAAAGCAUGAUGACGAUGCUUGUGACUCCAACAGCAAGAGAAUCAAAAUUGAAACAGAAGAUCUUGGAGAAGAGACAGUUGCAGAAGUGGUAGCAACUAUUACUGAUCCCAGACAAAUGGUAGGACCGGAGGUGCUUUUUUCAGAGAAUGCUGCCAGAGAUGAGGCAGCUAAGCUAGAGGAACGGAAGGGCAAUAUUGAAUUCCAUAUUGUUGGAAACUCCCUCACACAGAAGGUUUCAAAGCAAACAAUGCUCUGGCUGAUUGGAUUACAAAAUGUCUUUUCCCAUCAGCUUCCUCGAAUGCCCAAAGAUUACAUCACUCGCCUUGUGUUUGAUCCAAAGCAUCGUACUCUUGCGCUAAUCAAGGACAACCGACCCAUCGGAGGAAUAUGCUUCAGAAUGUUUGCCGCUCAGGGUUUCUCAGAAAUAGUGUUUUGUGCCGUGACAUCCAACGAGCAAGUCAAGGGAUAUGGGACACAUAUGAUGAAUCACCUAAAGGACUAUCAUGUCAAAAAGAAUACCCUUCACUUUCUCACUUUUGCAGAUGAAUUUGCCAUAGGGUACUUCAAAAAGCAAGGGUUCAGUAAGGACAUCCAGCUACCUCGAUCUGUCUAUCAAGGUUACAUCAAAGAUUAUGAAGGAGCAACACUUAUGGGAUGUGAAUUAAAUCCAAAGAUUGUUUACACUGAGUUUACAGCUGUGAUCAGAAGACAAAAAGAGAUCAUCAAAAAACUCAUUGAAAGGAAGCAGAGUGAGAUUAGAAAGGUGCAUCCAGGGCUUACAUGUUUCAAGGAAGGAGUGAGAGAAAUUCCGAUAGACAGCAUACCAGGAAUAUGGGAUGCAGGAUGGAAAGCGCCUCCAGCCACUAACAGCCGGUCCUCACGGUCACCUGACCACGAACACCAGGAUCCAGAUUAUAUUUAUGGUGCAUUAAAAACACUCCUUUGUAAUGUUAAGAAUCAUGCUGCUGCUUGGCCUUUCCAAGUCCCAGUUGACCCCAAUGAAGUACCUGAUUAUUAUGAUCACAUCAAGUGUCCAAUGGAUCUGAAGACAAUGACGGAGCGCUUGAAAGCUCGAUACUACGUGAAGGCACGGCUUUUUAAUGCUGACAUGCUGCGCAUUUUCAAAAAUUGCCGCUUCUAUAACCACCCAGACACCGAGUACUACAAAUGUGCCAACACACUAGAAAAGUAUUAUGUUAGUAAAAUGAAGGAACUAGGUUUACUGGAGAAAGAAAAGUGAAGAGUGAAUGAAACCAUUUGCAUGGAAUGCAAUGGAUGUCUUUUGUAGCUUUAGGUACAUACUUUCAUUAUGAUUAUGUAGCCGUUUCUGAGCAUACGUAUAACAGACUCUGAGGUUUAGAAAGGUAAGUGAUUAUGAUCUAUUAGUAUCAAUUUUCAAGUAUUGAAGUGUAAUAGGCUUCCUAAUUUAUUUUCAGAUUGACUCUUAGUAUUUUUAUGCUGUUCAUCACAUAUUGGUAGAUUUUGACUGCUAUAUAUUUUUUUAGUCUUGGUUACAUAUAUAUCUAAAGGUAUAAGCAUAUUCUCUCUCUCUCUCUCUCUCUCUCUCUCUCUCUCUCUCUCUCUCUCUCUCUCUCUCUCUCUCUCUGAAACUAUCUUCCUUACCAUAUAUUAAAAUAAUUACAUACAGUACACUCCAGAACAACAUAAAUAAUAAAUAUGUACCAUGUACAGCAUUUAAAAGUUAGAGAUCUGUAUCCAUAUCUUCUAAUGAAUCGCAUAAAUACUUGCUACCUAAUGGUGCCAUGUUUUCACAGUUGAAGUGUCUGCAGUUUUUUUAUUGUUCAGAAUACUCUCCCACCCCAGCCAAAUUUUUAUUUUCAAAUUUAAAAUCGCCAUUAAGGCAGUUUUUAAGGUAUUCAGAAUUAGAAUGUGAAAAAAAUUACUUGCAUAACAGUUGAAUCUUUUUGCAGAUGAUAUCAAUAUUUGGUAUAUAUUUUCAAGUAUUUUGAUCAGCUGCUCAUGUAGAAAUUACAGGAAAUCAUGCUGACAGAGCAUUCAGUGCUGCAUUAUCAGCAACCAUAUAAAUAGCCAUUCACAUGAGUAGUUCAUCAUUAUAGCUAAUUACAUAGGAAAAUGGCAGGCUUUAUAAAAGAACAACUAAUAAUGAGAAAACCCACCAUAGUUGUAUGGUAUCACAAGUAUUUGACCUGCAAUUGUCGGUGAUGACCCAGCAUGACCUGGAGUGUACAGGAUGUAGUUCAACAUUAAUAAUUAAAAGUAGUAUUAUAUUGGACUUGUACAAUAUCAGCAAACUGUACAUGACAAGUAUACAUAUUAGGAUGUGAGUUCUUUAAAAAAAAAUCAGAAUAUUAAGUAUUCUGAUUUUGUAUGACUAUUUAAGAAUUUGUAAUUAAUUUCUCAUGGUUUCUUAUAAAAACAAAUCCUUUGGAUCGACCUUAUGAAAGUUGGCGAAUUUUAACCCGGUCAUUAGUUUAGCCUACUGUACUUAAUGAUAAUGAGCAUGAUUUUGAAAUUAGAAUCCAAGAUGGACCUGUGUAUUCUGGAAUUGCAGUAUAAUUAGUGAAAAUUAUGAAUAUAACAUAGGUUACGAGUACUAUAUAAAUUUGUGCAACCAGUCCUAGAGUUGAAAUUUUUAGUGUGCGCUACAAAUCCUGUAAAUCACUGUAUUCACAUACACAGAAUCACUACAUUACAGAUGUAUAUAGGCUGUCCUGUACGAAAGUAGUUUAAUUAUGAAUGUUGAUAGGAUGCAGCUGGCAGUAGUACGGUAUACUACUUAUAGUUUAUACUUUCCUUAAUUUUUGCUAGGUGAUUCUUUUGAUAUGAAAAAAUGGCUUUUGUAUGAGUGUGAAAGUGAAAUCUUGUUCUGCAUUUAUGUUGUAGUAAGAAGUCAACUAAGUUUAUUUUAAGAAAGCACAACAUUCGUACAGUACCAAGAUUACUGAUGGAAUUGUGUCAGAAACAUUAGAUGUUAGAGAAUGUGCUUAUGCAGUUGUUUUUUUGUUUUCAUUUCCUACAAAAGAAUUUAUACAGAUAUUUAUUUAUUGUCCAGUUAUUUUCAAACUCAGAUUUUACAGGCAAUAUAGUGUUAUUUGAAAUACGUAUUCACAAUUGUAGACAGUUUAGUUUGCUUGUAAUUCUCUUACCUCAUGUUGUGUAAGGAACUGUUUUUUGGCUUUGUUAUAAAAGCAGUUAUUGCAGACAGAUGACAGUCUUGUCAUAGUGGGAGGACAUUUUGUAAAUUGAUAUAGAAUUAUUAGGGAAAUUACCAUAUAAUGUCAAUUGUAUGUAAGCAUAUGUAUAUCACUUCUCAGUCAUUUAAUCUGAGAAUGUAAUUUAUGUAAUUCUUUAUAUAAAAAAUAGUUAAUCAC